AUGACGUGUCUUCUGUUUCAAUUGUCAAAAUUGAACAACAAUUUUGGGUGUGAAGAGUGUGAAAAUGGAUAUGGCAAUUUGGUGUAUUCUUGUAACCGUUGCGGUUCCAAUUGUAAUGAUUGUGUGUCAAAUAACUUACAAAAUUCAUUUACAUGUAUCGAAUGUGAAAAUGGUUAUUAUUUGAAAGAUGGUGAAUGUAAAAUUUAUGACGAUACUAUCACUAAACUUUUUUCAUUAAAUUAUACAAUUUUAUGUCAUAGUGGAUAUUACUCAAAUGUAACGAGUUGUGAAAAGUGUAUCGAUAUUAAUUGUAAUGUAUGUAUUAAUGAUGGUUUGAGGUGUGUUAUAUGUAACAAAAAUUAUUAUUUUGAAAACGAAAAAUGUUCUUUAUCCAAAGAAGGCACUUUAUAUUCACAAGAUAAUUUUGUAACAUGUGAAAAGGGGUAUUACAUUAAAAUAAUUCCAAAUAAAGCAACAAUUUGUACUAAAUGUUCAGAAACGUAUGGUGAAGAUUGUGAAACCUGCAAUUCAAAAAUAUGUACAAAUUGCACAAAAGGUGUUUUGGAUUUUAAUGGAAAUUGUAUAUUAAACAGUGGGUGUGAAGUGAUUGAAAAUAGUUUAUGUGUCAACUGUCAACGUGAAUUGAACACAUGGUACUUUAAUGGUAAUGCAUGUGUAUUAUGUGAUAAAAGUGUGAACUGCACCAAAUGUGAAUUUAAUAAAUGUGUAGAAUGUUCAGAAAAUAGUUAUUUGUACGACGGCGAGUGUUACUCUACAAUCAAUAAGAAUUGUGAAAUUAUUAGUACAUCAAACAACUUCUGUUUAAGUUGUCCAAAUGGUUUUUAUUUAAACAGCCAAAAGACGUGUAUAAGUUGUGGCAAUAAUUGUAGUGUUUGUUCUUUAGAAAGUGUAUCAAGUACGCGCUCUUUUAAAUUGGAUGACGCUUCUGUUAAACAAAAUGAUUUAAUUUUGGUUUGUAAAUUAUGUAAAGGUGGGUACGCUUUUAAAGAAAACACAGGUAUGUGUCUUGAUUCAAAAGAAACAACAGAAAACUGUAAAAAUGCAAUUCCAGGAACAUCUUUAAGUGGCUGUGCCGUAUGUAUGGAUGGGUAUUAUAGAGAUAAUGUCAUUUGUAAACCAUGUAUUUCCAAUUUGAAUUUUGUAACACCCAUUCAACGUGUUUAA